ACUGACACUUAUAUCACAAUCUCAGCCGCGCCAAGUAAUCACUCUUGUAAAUAAUAGGUUCAUAAAGCCAUAAAAUUAAUUACCGAGAACACUUUAAAAUCAUGGCUUCAUAUAUUUCUGAUCGGACGUAUUAAUAAUACGUAUUACGUAUUAUUAUUUUAUUUUCCUUCUUCUCCAGCGAAGAUGUGCUUUUUAAAGAUUCAAAGCCAAACGACAAGGAUAUGUAAGAAAAACUUCGCCAGGAAGGAUUAUCAGAACACCUGACCAUUUCUCACUAAGUGAAGAAGAUGGAAAGCGUGUUGGAAAAAUCGAAAGAGCAAAGCGCGAUGCAGCGCUUCAGCCACAGCGGCAUGGCGCUCCUACCGUGGACCAGACAUAUCCUAACAGUACUGUGGGAAAACGUACGCUUAGUGGUUCAAGUCAUCUUUUGCAGCGUAAUGGCAGUUUUUCAGAUGUUCAGGUUUGAAGUUCACCUGCGCAUCACAGAUGACACAGGAGAACAUAUUCAGCAUGUGACAAAUUCACCGGGUGAUACCGAAGGAUUUCUCCUGUCAUCACUGUUUGAAAGCAACAAGAAUGUUGUUGUGGCAGGUCCAAGUCCUCUGUCAAGGUUUAACAAGGAUCCUUUCAACCUAAACUCACAUUCCACAUCUGUUCUGUCCAGUAUUGUGAAUGAUGAUCUGUGCUAUUCACUCAUGGACAAUUUAGUAUCUUGUGCAACUGAAUGUCUCAAUGAUAAAGAAGAUGUAUGUGUAGAAAAGCAGUGUGGCUGGAAGCACAGGUUUGAAUGGAAUUUUUGUACAGGCUUAGAGAGUAGAGUAGAUGAAGAAUGUGUAAAAAGUCUUUAUGGGAAGGAGUUUCAAAAACAAAAUGAUUGUUGCACAGGAUUGGAAUGUAAUUUGUCCCAGUUAACAUUCAAAAGUCAAUGUUCUGAUAGUGAGUUUAGCUGGGGCAGCUCAGACAGUUCCGCCUUAGAUAGGGAGGGAGAGGAUAAUGAUGGGCUCUGGGAUCUUCUCAGGGGUUCCAAUGAUCCAUAUCACCCAUUGCACUUCACAGCAUGUAUUUCCAGUGGAGCUGCAAAUAGACAGAGAACACAAACGGGAUCAAGUCAGCAAAAAAAUAAUUUCACAUCGACACCAUCUAGUGUGUCAUGUUGCUCAGAUUCCAGUGAGCAAGGAAACAUGGAGACUGUUAAUUCAGAAGAUGAAGAGGAGGCAUUGUGGAAGUCUCUGUCUCGGGAUGAUGACCCUUACCACCCACUGAAUUUUAGAGCUCCUCUAAACUGUGCACACAUGUUUACAGAUACCCAUGAGAGAAGCCCUAAAAUAUCCAGAGACCCCACUGGCGCUAGAUGUCUCAAGCCUUUUUUGAUGCAGAAGCAAGUUAUCAGUCACCGGUGUCCGCAGUUGUGUGUGGAAAAGCCAGCUAAAGUGCCCUGGAAAAGGCCUAUAAAUAAGACUGUCAAUGCCAGCAUGAGAAAGAAAAUUUCUACUGUAAAAAGGGUGAAAUUCUCUCCAGUUGUACAAGUUCACAAGAUGCGAGCCUGGUCGUUUGCCCUUCAAGCGUGCCGUAAGGGCCCAUGGGAGGAACAUGCACGGGAUAGGGACCGUUUCCAGAGGAGAAUUUUGGAAACAGAGCAAGCCAUUGGAUAUUGUUUCCUGCAAUCACACAGAAAUAAGUUUUUGAUUUAUCACCAAAACACACUACUUAAAUAAGCAUAUUCCAGCAAGACUUUCCUAUCUUAGCUGAAAUUUUGGGCUUGUUUUCUUAAAACGUCUGUUGUGUUAUGCAGACAUUUUAAGGCUCUAGUCUGUUAACACACCUAAAUGUUUUCUUUACAGUGCCUUGUUGACUAGUAAUGAAAAUGUCAUUGUGACAGCUAUAAAUGUGGGCUGAUGUCUAUGAUGAAUGCUAUUGCGAUCUAGAUACAAAAUGCAAAAUUAAGGAACCUUUUUUUAAUUGUCUGUUCAAAUGGUUUCUUGUUUUUGUGUGUGUGUGUGUGUGUGUGUGUGUGAGAGAGAGAGAGACGGGUUAAAAACAAUGCAUGAUGAAACUAACUCCCUUGAGAAGAAAUCAAUUAGUGUCUCCCCUUGACACACCAGUCAAGCACAAACUGCAUAGUGCAAAAAGGAGCAAUGAUGUAAGCAAUUUUUUUAAAUACCUAAUAAAAGCAGGUCUUUUUUAUUUGUGCAAAAUAUGUAGAUUCUCACCACUGCACACAAUGUUGUUAGUAAGUAAGCUUUUGGGUAUAACUUACCUGGCUAUAAAAUAGUCUGUCUUUACUGUUUAAUUGUAACUGUGUGCGUGUGUACUACUGAGUCGCACUCCAUGACUACUUAUACUAUAGUGUAUCUGGUUGCCAGGCAACAGAGUGAGCUGUGAUUGGAUAUUCUGAAAGUGUUACAGGAGAUUGCAGCAGAAACAGUGCAUUGUGGGAGGGUAGCCACCAUGCCCAUGGUAGAGAGUAGUAAAGCUAAGAAGGUGGGAUUGCAUGGGACUCGAUCUCUGGAGUCUCAAUUACUCUGUUCAGUCCUUAUGAUGCAAUCAGCCGCCUCUGUGAGUUAAAUAUGAAAGAUAGGGAAAACUCAGAGUCCCAGAGGGUCCCUUCCCACUUUAUUUUGGUGAAAUGGUGAACACACUGUUGCAAUAAAUUUAUUGUAGUAAGAU